UCAAGCUGAUGAAGCAACUCCACAGUCCUGCCACAGUUGUUUUCCCCUAUGUAGUCCUUGUACUUCUAGCGCUGUGGACUAACAGGAAGAUGGCUGAGGAUCUGAAGAGAAAGCCUCUAGUUGUUGUUGCUGUCAUCUGGCUGCUCAGCUCAGCACAGGCAGGAAAUACAGACAAAGUCUUAGAGCAUCUCUGCACUGACUUCCAGAGAGCAAAUUUCCUGCGGGGCAGUAAACUUAAGGUCCAGUUUCUUCUAUUCACCUCCUCCAGACCCAGCUGUGGGGAGCUGAUUUUUGCUGACGAUAGCAUCAAGAACUCCAGUUUCAAUAGCAGCCUGGAAACCAAGAUCAUAAUCCAUGGCUUCAGGGCUUUGGGUACCAAACCUUCCUGGAUUGAAGGGCUCGUCCGUGCCAUACUGCGUGCAAGCCAGGCAAACGUGAUUGCAGUGGACUGGGUUUAUGGGUCUACAGGAACCUAUGCCUCUGCAGUGGAAAACGUCACACGGCUGGCCCUCUCCAUCUCGCGCUUCAUCAGCAAGCUGCUGGCCCUGGGAGUCUCAGGGACAUCUAUCCACAUUAUUGGGGUGAGCCUCGGUGCACAUGUCGGGGGUCUGGUGGGGCACUUCCAUGGUGGUCAGCUGGGACGGAUAACAGGCCUGGAUCCCGCAGGCCCUAAGUACACCAGAGCCAGCCCUGAGGAACGCUUGGAUCCUGGGGAUGCCCUCUUUGUGGAAGCCAUUCAUACCGAUGCUGACAAAUUUCACCUCCUUUCAGAUUUUGGGAUUCGGAUACCUGUAGGCCACAUCGAUUAUUUCGUCAAUGGAGGCAAAGAUCAGCCAGGAUGCCCCCAAUUCAUCUCUGCAGGCUACAAGUAUCUGAUCUGUGAUCACAUGAGGGCAGUACAUCUCUAUGUCAGUGCCUUGAAACAUUCCUGUCCUAUUGUGGCAUUCCCAUGCACAAGUCUUCAAGAUUUUUUAAACGGACACUGCCUGGACUGUGUUGACCCCUUUGUGGCCUCCUGUCCUAGAAUAGGUCUGCUGGAGCAGGCAGGUGUCAACAUGAGAAAGCUGCCCAAGGAAGUGAAAGUUUAUUUAAUGACUAGUCCCUCAGCCCCAUUCUGUGUCCAUCACAGCCUGGUCGAGUUCCACUUGCAGAAGAGAAGAAACACAGUCACCAACAUUGAGAUCACUUUCUGCAGCAACAGCACCAAGGACACUGCGAAGAUCACCAUACAUAAGCAGCAGAAGAUGGGCAAACGGCUUCUGGCCCACAGAGUUCCUCUCUGCCAGAUAAGCAAUGUGACACUGAAGUAUCUCCCCAGGGAUCGAUUUUGGAGGAAGGAUGAGUCAUCCAUCAUCGGCAAGUUCUGCACAGCCUCGCUGCCCCUCACUAACAAUGGGACAACGUUCUGCCUGCCCUGGAACCUCACCCUCCCUGGCAACACAGACCUCACCUUUGAGCUGCCUGCUGCCUGUGCCUAGCACUGCCUCCUGAGCAGGCAGGCGUACCUGAAACAGAAAGGAGUCCAAAACCUAUUGCUUCUCCCUGCUCAUGGACAGUACUUUGACCACGAAGUAUUGAACUGGAUGGGUUUUUUACUCCCUGCAUUAGGGAUAGGACGUCUAGGAAAAGAAACGUGCAGUACAUCAACAAGGGCAUGAUGCAUUCAUUACAGCAAGCUCUCUCAGUUGAAAGGGUGGACUGGGACUUUUAUCUCACCAUUUCUGUCCCCAGCUCUGAAAGCAACUCUGGGCAAGUCAUUUAAUCUCAAUGUUUGGAUCUAUAAGAAAGAAAAAGUGGAGAUAAAUGUCAGUCUUCCCACACAGGGAGUGCUGAGAUGGUUCAUUGGUGUAUUAUUAAAGCUUCCAAAAAUCUUUGUA